GCUUUAGGGGUUUUGGAGAAGCAGAGAGAUUAAAAAAAAUGGCGUGCAUUUCAGCGAGAAGAGUUAUUCAGAGAUCCACUUCUUCUUUCAAGUCCGUUCUGACUGGCAACCAGCCAAGGACCAUCUCCGGUGGCCCAUCCGCUCUCGGCGGCAUUCCCACCUCCCGUCGCUGCUCAUCCUUCAUCCGUAGGCUGCCGGUGGAGCUAGGAUGCGUCGAGUCAUUGAUGCCUUUGCACUCUAGGAUCGCCUCUUCAUUACUGAGGUCCAAAUUGUCUUCAGAAGUUGGCAAUUGGGGUUUUCUCUCUGAAGGGUUUGCUACAACUCUAUAACAUGGCCUCCGAAGUUUCUAUCACAUGAGAGCACUUGAAGCACCAACUGUUGAAAUCUGAUCUUUUGGUCCGUUAUCUCAAAGAAUAAUUUAUUGUAACUCAAGGAAUCAUACUUGCAUUCUGUGUUAAAUUUGAAGACAUACCUAAUCUCUGUUACAAGAGUUUGAUGGGCUCACUGUCUUUUCAUUCUCACGAUUUUUAUCUUGUAGUAGCCGGUUUAAAUUGAUCAGGUUUUUCUUUACUUUUUCUUGUAUUGAAGAUGGAAUUUGUUGAGAUUACCAAAAUUUUUGUUCUUAAUACACUUGCAGUUGUACUGAA